CUAGCUAAAAGUUAUUAAAACUGAAAGCAGCUAGCAAGCUUGCAAUGUGCAGCCUCGGGAAAGCUAUUGCACGAUUGUGAAAGUCAAUCGAGGAGAAGGGAAAAGAGGAAGGGGAGUGUGGUGAGCUGUGGCUCACUAUAAUCGAUACUGCAUUGUGCUGCCUUCAGACAGUUGGGUGCGCGGGCAUCUGAAGCAACCUGCAAAUGGCUAGCUCAGAUGGAGGUCCCUCCAGCUCCAAGCCAAGGGACAGUGAAGACCCGCGGGUCUUUGACUUUCUUCCUUUUUACAAGCAGCAAGAGUUCUGUGACCGGAUCAUCCGGCUGGAGAUUCUUCAGGACAACACUUCUUCGCCAGUUGUCAAUCAGGCGGUUCAUUGCACAGCCACUGCAACAUGCACUGGGAAGAGAGAGGCAAACGGUCUCAAAAUGCAAGUGAAUAUAGGGGACUGUGGAGAUGCGGGCGAAAGGAUCACCGGUAGGAAGCGGCCGAGAGAUCUGGAAGGGGCAGGCUCUGCAGGACAGUCAGGAUCUGCAAGCCCUGCUUCGGACGGCGAUGACAGAGCGGGUGCAAGUAAGUCUCAAAAUGAUCCAGCCGCAGAGGAGUCCCAUGGGGAGGGUUUGCUCGAGGGCCAAGAAGAUCCCCAAGAGAGUGCAAAGGCUGGAGAAAGCGGCGCGAGAGGCCUUUCAGAAGAGGAGAUGGAAAAGCACAGGAGUCCGUUGAGAGAAGCGAUGAUCUGUAUGGCUGAGGGCGAUGCGAGGGAGAGCACUCACGGAGAGGACGAGGCAGAGGAGGUUCCGAUCAGCGCGGCUGUUGUUGCGGCGAAGAGCGACGUGCUGAGGACCAUGAUGCUGUCCAGGAUGAAGGAGUCGCAGCGGGACGCCCCGAUUGUUUUGAAGGUUACUCAGCGAGAGAAAGCAGCCUUUCUGGAGAUGCUUCGCUUCAUCUACGCCGGGCGCCUCUCAGACUGGCUGCUCGAUCCCGCCACACCCGUCAGUUGGCUCGUCGACCUAGUUCUGGCCGGUGACAAGUUUGGAGUCGGCUCCCUGCUGACCAGCAUCAACCUAGUUCUUCGGCAACGCUUGGACAACUUUGCCGUUGCUGAGGUCAUCCUGGCAAUCCCCGAUGCCAUUCUUUCCAGCAGGGAGGAGUUUGGGGAGCUGAUCAACAAUGCCCGCAAGAUCCUCGUAGGGCGCUUUAAGAGAGUGUUCGACUGGGCGUCUUGCUCCGAGUUUCUGGCAUUGAAUCAGAAGGCGGUGGAGCUGCUUCUGGAGUCGGAAGAACUAGAGGCGGCAGACGAGGAACAAGUGUUCCGGGCCGUGAUGACGUGGCUCUCCAGCAAUGUCGACGAACCGGCGUCAAAGCAGGAUGUGAUGAGGAGCCUGGCGCCGAGCAUACGCUUUGGGCGCAUGCGGGGGGAGUUCUUAGAAAGGGACGUCCUUGGAAUGCCGGAAAUGCGAUCAGUCGAGGUCGAAGCAUUGGUGCGAGAAGCGUUGUCCUUCCGAACGUGGUCUGAUGAGGAAAAGCUGCGGGCGUCCGCGACGAGGCGCUUCCACGAACGGAGGGGCAUUGCGGAAUCAAACAUUGAGGUCAUGCUCACGGUGAGACUGGCGGACAUUGGUAAUCCAGAAGCGAGUCGCGUUGUGCAGUGGGCAGAAAGAUAUUGGUGGAUCAAGUUGAAGGUGCGUGGAGACAAACAACCAGCCACUGUCGGGGUGCACCUGUAUUGUUCCGGUCGACGAGGUGCGCCCUCUGCGCAACGGGCCGAUAGGGUCAACGUCGCCUUUUAUGCACGCAGCUGGCGGAGCGGUUGGUGGGCGCUUUUGAAGAAGUCCGAAUCCUGUUGGGAAUUGUCACAAGCAGAUGAUAGUUCGUUAGGGUAUGGUGACUUGUUUGGAAUGUCUUGGGAUGAAGUGAAGUCAUCUUGCUACAAGACGUGCACUGGAGAGGUCACUGUCAAGGUCAAGCUAAGUCGAGCGUGAACAAACUUAGGGAGGGACCAUUGCGAUUGUAGCAUUACUGUCGCCCAACCAAUGCCCGACUACAUUGAAAAAUGCAACAAAGCUUUAGCGCCUAUUGCAACUGGAGGGGAUCUAUUUUGCCCUCUAUGAUUGCUAGCAGCCAUGAGUUCGUAAUAGUUAAUGUGCGGC